AUGUCCGUUUUGCUGGAGAAUACGACCAAUUGCGUGUGGCUCGCCUUCGAGGCCCUCCAACAGGACAAAACUGGAAUAGUGCACAAAUCCAAGUUAAAGGUCCUAACAGCAAACAUCGGCACGCUGCUGGACCUCUACGGCGUGGAGAGGGGCCUCGAGCACUUCCGCAGCACCUCCACGUUGAACUUCGACCAAUUCAAGUACUACCUGCAGAAGGAGGUGUUCUCGUCGCUGCCGAGCCAGCUCCAAGUGCAGGACGCGCGGCUGUUCGAGAACAAAAUAGCCGAAGUGUGCUGGCUGGUGUGCAGGAAGAAGUACCUGCCCAGGGCGAACAAGCGCUUCGACGACAAAUCGGUGUUCCAGAUGUUCAGGGUGUUCUGCGUACUGGCCGAGCUGGUGCCGGUCGAUCAGUACGAUGAGAACGUCUACCAAGCCCUGGUGCACCCGUCCGAAGUGUGCAACAUAGCCCAGGCUCUCACCAGCUCGUUGGGGUGCCAUUUCGACGACGAGGACUUCACCAGCCUCAGCAUUUCGAUGGGGAACUUCCGGCUGGCGCCUUUCGUAGCAGUAUUAGAAUCAAAGUGCGUACCUAAACACACCAAUCAACACAUUCUAAUGACUUCACAUGCUAGAUGUUUGAACGGGGUAAGAGACGAAGUCGCCAUCGGCGAAGCUGUCACCGACAUUUACCAAAAGCUGGUGGAAGACGUCAUCAAAAAGGGGUUCCUGUCGAAGAAGGGCUACAUAUUCCCGACCAUGAGGGACUACUGGUUCGUGUUGAGGCCCUGCGAAUUGACCUACUACAAAUCCCGAAGCGAACGGGACAAAUGCGGCUCGGUGCCCAUCGAGCCCGGUUGCAAAGUGGAGCCCAAAGCGGGCUACAAAAUCCUGCUGCACGGGUCGGAGAGGACCUUCGAAUUGGGCACCACCGAUCACAUGAGCCGGUUGCAGUGGAUUUCCGCCCUGCAACUCGCCGCCGACCAUUCCGGCAAACACCAGAGUUACCAGCGCCAGCAGGCGGCCAAGCGGCGGCUGCAGAGGCAAGGCAGGAUCCAGGAGAUGAUCCGGGCUAAGUUCCAGUUGCAGCAGGAAAGGAACGCCAGGCAAGCGGCCGAAGGGCACGCGAAAGAGCUGGAAGUGGUGGUGAAAGAAGAAGCUAAGAAAUUAACGGAACUCGAACAGUUGAGAUUGAAAUUGGAGCGUUCGCUGGAGGAGGAAACGCAAGCGAAGAGAGACGAGGAAAUAGUAAGAGGGUUGCAGGCGAGGGUGUUAGCAGAAGAAUGGGAAAAGCGGGAGGAACUCGAACGGCUGCAAGCGGAGCAAAGGCUGCUGCUGCAGGAAGAAAGGCAGAAGAGGAAAGAGUACGAGGAACUGCAAACAGCCAAGGAACUGCAACUAAAAUCCGCCGAGGAGCGACUGAACCAAUUGGAAAGGGAGCGACAGGAUCUCGACAAGCAACUGAAAAUGGCCAACGAGAAAAUCAAACGCGCCGAAGACAAGAAGGAGAUAUUAGAAGCUAAAUUGUACCAGGUGGCGCCUUUGUUCAGGGAAGGGGAUAGGGUCAGGAGGGCCCAUUCCUUCAUGCCCAGCACCAAGGAGAGGCCUGUUAUUUUAGAAGUUAGAUCUGCCACACUCAAAAGACCUUUGUAA